AUGGCAGCCAUCGAGGCCGCCGUGAAACGCCCUUCCGUCGAGGAUGAGUCGCUCCCAACUUCAGAAGCACCAUCGACACAUGCAGUUCCACGAAAAUGGUAUCGCUCCAGUCUCUUCAAUGCCUUCGUCAUCGGUGGUGUGGGCUUCCUCGCGCCAGGUCUAUGGAACGCAAUGAACGAUCUUGGAGCAGCCGGCGCGCUUGAUCCGUACCUCGUCAACGCCGCUAACGCUUUGAUUUUCGGCAUCAUGGCGGGUUUGUACACCAACAACCGCUUUGGCAAUGUCUGGUUUGUCCUAGUGGGCGCGGUUGCGUGCGGUGUUAGUGCUGGCCUGUUUUGGGUGUCCGAGGGAACUGUUGCGCUCGGCUAUCCUGAACCGGGGAAACGAGGAAAAUACAUGAACAUUUGGUUGUGGUUCCGUACUGGCGGGCCAAUGGUUGGUGGCGCCAUCGUGCUCGCACUGAACCACGACGCAGCAGCCAAAAAGAAGGGCAAGGUAGGCUAUCAGGCCUAUCUUGUCUUCAUCGCUCUGCAGUGUAUCGCUUGCCCACUUGCGCUUGCGCUCAGUCCUCCAGAGAAGGUGCAGCGAAGUGACGGCUCGAAGGUCAUCAUUCGGGCGGAGAAGUCGUUCAAGGACGAAGUCAAAGCACUCUGGCGCACUUCCAAGCGUAAAGAUGUCCUGCUGUUGCUUCCGGUCUUCUACGCUGCGUACUUCAAUCAGUACUCCGGAAACUUCAAGUCGCUGACCAACAUCAAGACGUACUACUUCGGUGUCCGCGCCAGAGCUCUCAUGGGGUUUGUUGGCAACUUCGGCACUUUGUUGUCGUCCCAGCUGAUCAGUAUGUUCCUGGACUACAAGAAACUUUCUGUCAAGCAGCGCAUUACCUUUGGCUUUUACUACGUUAUCGUGUUGCACAUCCUCGCGUGGAUAUACGGCUGGGUCGUCCAGGAGAAAUACACGCGAAAUCCGCCAUCGUUGGACUGGGAGGACUCCGGAUUUACUGAAGGCUUUUUCGUGAUCAUCCUUUGGGAUUUCGCAAGGCAGUCGCUGCAGAAUUGGCUCUACUACCUGCUAGCGACAAAGACGGACAAUAUCUCUGAGCUGAGCCGCUUCUCGGGCAUUCUGAGAGGCCAAGAGAGCUUUGGACAGGCGGUGUCUUACGGCUUGAACACGAAGAAAUGGAAAGGUGGGAGGGUGCCAUUGGCUGUCAACACGGUUCUCCUGGGCCUGGCGGUGUAUCCGACUUGGCUUGUGGUGCGAGAUCACGUGCCUGUAGAGGCGGCGGAUGGGCUUGCUGAAGAGAUCACGAUCAAUCGAGUGUCAACCUUGGAAGACAAGAAAAUCUUUGCAAAAGGUGAGGCUGCUGGGGCGGGGAAUCUAUGA